AUGUUGCUAAAAAAAUACAUUAAAGAAUAAAAAAUUUCGAUUGACGGAGAAGACGUUUAUGCAUCAAUUUAGAGAAUACAGAGUUUUAUGAUGAAAUUUUACCAAACAAUUAUUUUUAUUAAAAAGAAUAUCAUACUGAUUUAAAUUAUUUCUAAGAAAUAGAAUAAAAUGAGGUGUCAACAAUAUUGCACUUCAGAAUUUUUGGAUUGUUAAAAUUUUAAUGGAUAUUAUUGGACAAAAUGUCCACUAAAUUAUUACUAUUAAACUAUUCGCAGUGAAGCAGAAGGUUUAUGA